AUUGUGGACGGCAGAUCAACAGAGCAAGAAGAAAGCACAUAACUGCAUUGACUGCCUUGGCAACAUGGCAUACAACAAAUUAUUCACAACUGGUCUCUUUUUACUUUGCAACUUGACUGUGGCACUCGCAGACAGCACUGUGUCUUGCUACAGAAUUGAGGCUGGGACAAUAGCAGGCAUCAUCUGUGCAGAUGUGUUGCUGACCCUUAUCAUUGUCAUUGUCACGUACCGAUGUGCCAGCUUUCGGCGUCAGAAGAUAGAAAAAGCUGACAAGGUGUAUAUGAAUGUUCGGGCGAACUGCAAGACCUAAUUUAAAAAGGGCGUGACACAUUGUGAAUUAUGCUCAGUUGAGUAGAUUGUGCUUUUUUUUUUUAAUAUAAUACAAAAUGUGAACUAUUUGUCUUGUACAUAUUAAAUUUCUCCUUAGUUCAUUAGCAUUAUGGCAAAAAAGACAGGUUUUUCAAAAUAUUUUUUAUUACCACAUUUUAGCUAUUUCAUAGAAUUCAUUGGAGUGUUUUUUUGUGACCCAUAAAAAUUAUUCAGAAAAGAACCUUCAGCUUUUUAUGUAUCUGCUUAAAGUUACUCUGCAAAACCUUAUAAAAAUGUAUACAACUGAAGUGUGUAAAUCAAAUUCACCAUUUUGAUUAAAAUUGCUCUGAAAUCUUUUCUUGAAAUGUUGGAAAUGUAACUAUACUACCUAGCACCCUCUGCAGCUGACUCUUGGUAGUAAAAUGUGUAAAUGCUGCAUUUCAAAGAGUCUUAAUGAUUUUAUGUGAAUAGUUCCUUUAUCAAGACUGGAGUUAUAUAUACUUUUAUAAACUUAUGUUAUAUGUAAUAUCUGACAAACCUCUGAAUUAUAUAUAUUGAUACUUUAUAUGUGAAUGAAAUGAAAUUAUUAGCUCCAGCACAUUGAUAAAAUAAAUAAAACACUCACCAUGUCCAGUGAGAAUUAUGUUGAAUGGA